CACCCCUUCCCACUUACCUUUCUUUCCCUCACCUAAAAUAUAAACCCUAACCCCUCUCUGGUCUCUAUUUUUCUGCCUUCCGCUCUCUCUCAACCCUCUCUCUCUCUCUCUCUCUGUGAAAAAUCCUCUCUUUCAGUCUCCGUUUAUAACAAAAAUGUCGGCUUUCAAGAGCAAAUACCAGGAUGAGCUUAUUGCUAAUGCUGCAUACAUUGGCACCCCUGGAAAGGGUAUCCUUGCUGCUGACGAGUCAACUGGCACAAUUGGCAAGCGUCUUUCUAGCAUCAAUGUUGAGAAUAAUGAGGACAACAGGCGUGCCCUCCGUGAGCUUCUGUUCUGCACUCCUGGUGCCCUCCAAUACCUCAGUGGAGUAAUUCUCUUUGAGGAGACGCUCUAUCAGAAGACAGCUUCAGGUAAGCCCUUUGUUGAGGUUUUGAAGGAAGGCGGUGUUCUCCCUGGCAUCAAGGUCGACAAGGGCACUGUUGAGCUUCCAGGCACCAAUGGGGAGACCACCACCCAGGGUCUUGAUGGCCUUGCACAGCGUUGCCAGAAGUACUACGAAGCUGGUGCUCGAUUUGCCAAAUGGCGUGCUGUGCUCAAUAUUGGACUGACCGAGCCAUCUCAGCUGGCCAUCAACGAAAAUGCCAAUGGAUUGGCCCGUUAUGCUAUCAUCUGCCAGGAGAAUGGUCUUGUCCCCAUUGUUGAGCCUGAGAUCCUUGUUGAUGGACCCCACGAUAUUGAAAAGUGUGCUGACGUGACUGAACGUGUUCUUGCUGCGGUCUAUAAAGCUCUAAACGACCACCAUGUCCUGCUUGAGGGAACUUUGUUGAAGCCUAACAUGGUGACCCCUGGAUCUGAGGCGCCAAAGGUUGCACCAGAGGUGAUUGCUGAGUACACCAUUAGGGCACUACAGCGAACUGUGCCUCCUGCAGUUCCUGCAAUUGUGUUCUUGUCUGGUGGACAGAGUGAGGAGGAGGCGACACUCAACCUCAAUGCCAUGAACAAACUCAAGGGAAAGAAGCCAUGGUCUCUUUCCUUCUCCUUUGGGCGGGCCCUUCAGCAGAGCACUCUCAAGACAUGGGCAGGAAAGCCAGAAAAUGUUAAGAAGGCGCAGGCUGCAUUUCUUGCUAGGGCCAAGGCAAACUCAGAGGCAACUCUGGGAAUUUACAAGGGUGAUGCAAAACUCAGUGAGGGUGCCUCCGAGAGUCUCCAUGUCAAGGACUACAAGUACUGAUGAAAUUGAGGUUUUGGUGGUUUGUGUUUUGUUUUGGAGAGUUGAUGCGGUUUUUAAUUUUGCCCUAUUAUCAGUUAUAGGGUUAGGACACUUUUUUCGAAGUUCUUUUGUUUUCUCAGCCAUGGUAGGACGGUGGUAGAGCAAUAAAGCUCGGGAAGCAUUCCCAAGCUUGGGUUUUUAAUCCGAGAACUGCUUAUAUUUCUAUGU